UUCCGUAGUGCGGACCUUAAAAGCUGAAAUGUUAGGAUGUUUUUUCGCCGAUUUCCAGAUAUUUAGUCCCAUUUCUGAACACUUGCGUAACUUUAUAUUAAAAACUAAAGCUAAAAAUGGACGGUUUACAAAAACACCGUUCACUUUAUAAAGGAACGAACCCGCCAUGGAAGGAAACUUACCGAAAACGCUGUGUGAACAGGUUGCAGAACAGUCGCUCCAGGCUGUUGGAGCAGUACCGUCGGACUGGACUCAGCCCACAGUGCAGCACCUCUGGAGCCUCGGUCAUCAUCCAGGAGGUGAUGGAGGAGGAGUGGAGCGCCCUGCGGUCCGAGGCCCAGGAGAGGGCCUCCCUCUGGGGGUCCGAGGCCCAGGAGAGGGCCUCCUUCUGGGGGUCCGAGGACACGGCACAGGUGUUUGGUGUCAUGGAGCAGUUCGAUGAAGUGUCAGGACUGGAGGACAUCCACCAGGAGCUGCUGUCCCAUGAAAUGUCUAUAAUUGCAGAGUAUGAACAGAACAUUCAGCUGGAGCAGCAGUAUGUGUCGUCUGUAGUGGACGAGAUGGAAGAACUGCAUGUCAUCUGUCCAGUCUGUCACAGAAACAAUCUGAGCUUCAACAGUUCCUUCAUCUCCUGCUGCUGUGGACUGAACAUCUACACCAAGACUGUCACAGUGACCCCUCCGAUUCUCCAGUCUCUUCUUAAGUCCAGUCUGUCUGAACCCUUGGUCCAGUGUUUGGGUCUCUUUUGGGUCUCUAACCCUCUUCUCUUUGUGGUGUCUUCUGUAGACUAUCUCAGUGACCCCUCAGUUCCUCCAGUCUCUUCUUCAGUCCAGUCUGUCUGAACCCUUGGUCCAGUGUUUGGGUCUCCUUUGGGUCUCUAACCCUCUUCUCUUUGUGGUCUCUAACCCUCCUCUCUUUGUGGUGUCUUCUGUAGACUAUCUCAGUGACCCCUCAGUUCCUCCAGUCUCUUCUUCAGUCCAGUCUGUCUGAACACUUGCUCCAGUGUUUGGGUCUCUUUUGGGUCUCUAACCCUCUUCUCUUUGUGGUGUCUUCUGUAGACUAUCUCAGUGACCCCUCAGUUCCUCCAGUCUCUUCUUCAGUCCAGUCUGUCUGAACACUUGCUCCAGUGUUUGGGUCUCUUUUGGCUCUCUUUUAGGUCCCUAACCCUUUUCUCUUUGUGAUCUCUUCUGUAGACUGUCUCAGUGACCCCUCAGUUCCUCCAGUCUCUUCUUCAGUCUGUCUGAACCCUUGGUCCAGUGUUUGGGUCUCUUUUGGGUCUCUAACUCUCCUCUCUUUGUGGUCUCUAACCCUCCUCUCUUUGUGGUGUCUUCUGUAGACAGUCUCAGUGACCCCUCAGUUCCUCCAGUCUCUUCUUCAGUCCAUUGUGUCUGAACACUUGCUCCAGUGUUUGGGUCUCUUUUGGCUCUCUAACCCUCUUGUUGUGGUCUCUAACCCUCUCUUUGUGAUCUCUU